AAAAUAAGCGCGGUUGGUUUGGAUGUAAGUAUCAGCAUGCAGAAUGAAACGUUGGCAUUGGGAGUAAUAAAGUCUGUACAAAAACUAUACCUCGAGGUGCAGUUACCCCACGGAUUUUUGGGCCGAGUUAACAUAUAUGAUGUGAGUGAUAAGUAUACUGAACUUUUGAGGGAGUCUGCGGAGACUGGUAUCAUACAGGAUGAUCUUGUUGAACUUUCGGAUAUGUUCAAAGUUGGUCAGACUGUGAGAUGCUUUAUUAAGGAAGCUGACAGUAGCCGUGGGAGUGGUUCCACUAAAAGAUAUCUCGUCUCAUUAAAUCCGAAAAUGGUGAAUAAAGCUGUAAUAUCCAAGCAUGUUAAACCUCAUAUGGUAUUUGUCGGGUCUGUCGUUAGCGUGGAGGAUCACGGUUAUAUAGUAGAUGCUGGUGUUGCUAGAAUGAACUGUUUCUUACCCAAAGACCAAGUUGAUGUUAACCCCGAUCUUGGCAGUUUGAUUCCCUUUACUCCAUAUGUGUCAGAUCCUCUGCAGGAUAGUAGCUGUAAACGAGUUUUAAAAGUGACCACUCGUUUGGAUCCGACUUUAUCUCUGUUGAGUCCUGAUUCUCGUGCAAACUUUGACUGCUUGCUCCCUGGUACCUGUCUCCAUGCUUCAAUUGUCAAGAAGGUCACAUCAACCUUAGUUGCAGAGUUUUCAGAACAUUUUAUUUCAAUCUCACGCACGCACUACAUCGGAAACAAAGAAGAUUAUCAAAUAGGAGCCAAGGUUGUUGUUUGUAUCAUAUUGGUAGAUCCCAGUACAAAACAAUUGAUGGGCUCUCUGCUUCCUCAUCUAGUCAAUCCUAUCCCCUCCGUCCUCAACGUUUCGGAGAUGCUCUCUAAAUGUCCUGUUGGUACACGUUUCUCAGGUUCCUUGGUAGAGCGUGUAAACAAACGCGCUGUUCUUGUCAAAUUGCCUAAAACAAAUGGACUCAAAGCAGUUAUCAGAAUACCUAAAACAGGGACAAAAAAUAACGAAAAUUUGAAGUCACUAGUUGUUGGAUCAAAACUGACAUGCCGUUUAACUGAUCAUGACUUUUUAGAGAACGUAGCUGUAGCUACAACAAACAAGAAACUGUUGAGUGUACCGUUUUUGUCUCUUCAUGAACUGAAACCUGGGGAUAACGUUUCGGCUACCGUUAAGCGUUAUUCAAAAACUGGUAUUGUCGUCCAUCUAGAAGGUCGACUUCAUGGACUUAUACCGUAUCUACACACAACUGAUAUUAAUCUUAAGGAUCAUAGAGAGAAAUUUAAAGCAGGAGAAAAAAUUUCUUGUUUAGUUUUACAACUUGACAAAUGUGCCAAUAAAUUGAUUUUAACCGCGAAACCAGGCUUAUUAAAUACUGAACUCCCAAUAUUUGGCAGUCACGAAAUGUAUUCUGCACUGAAAAAUGGCAAUAAAAACCAACUAUUGAUUGUAGGGUUCAUUGUCAAGGUUAGCGAUAAAGGCUUACUCGUUUCUGGUUUGGAUAAUAUUCGUGGAUGGAUACCUAGACGUGAAACUGGACUAGCUGAUGAAGAUAUUUUACAGACAAACUUUUAUCGUGGACAGGUACUGAAGAUGAAAUUUAAACGUGAGAUUAAUACUACAUCCGAAAAUAAAGUAGAAAAAGAUAGUCAAAGCAUACGUUCAAAGUAUAUGCUUUCUUUAAAGUUCCAUUCUAAGGAAACUAAAAACACACAGUCGAUAUUUUUGAACUCCGUGCAAAUUGGUCAGCUUUUCAGGGCUACUGUAAAUCAAGUACAAGACACUGGAAUAUCGCUUAACCUUUAUGACAAUAAAAACAUCAAUAAUACUGUCACACCUGUGCUUGGUACAGGAUUUUUGUCAUUUAGUCAAUUAUCUGAUUAUGAAUCAAAUCAACAACUUCUAAGUCGAUAUGUAAAAAAUAUAAAACCUGGUUCUACACUUGAUUGGGAUCAUUCUGCGCGUGAUGUAGUCGUUAUCGAUAAGGGAAAACAAACUGUCAUUUUAUCUGCUAGACCAACACUAAUUCAAGCAGCUAGUGAUUUGAAAACAAAUACUAAUAUUGAUAUUGAUAUAGUAGAUUCAGAAGCAUCUGACAAAAGGCCUGGUUUCUUAAGAAGGUUUGAUGAAUUACAAGUUGGUAGUCAGUGGUUUGCUUGGGUUUCACAUCACAAGGACUAUGGUGUAUUUGUUCACUUUCCUGCUGGAAUAUAUGGUUUGGCACCGAAGCAUCUUUUAUCCGACUUUCGUGCUCAAUCUAAUACAAGCUGGAGUGAAUUGUAUCCAGUUGGUGCAACCGUAAUUACCAAGAUCGUUGAAGUUACUCCUGAAAAACGGCAUUGUUUGAUAAGCUUGAAAAUGUUUGAUAUAUACAAUGCUAAAGAAUAUUAUGUUGGUGAGGCGAUACACUCAUUAAACUACUAUUUAACUGAAAGGGAAUGGAUUUCGCAGAAACACGAACUAUUAGGUUCUUUUCGUAUUGGUGAUCGUGUUCAUUUCAAAGUUGAAGAAGUGGAAAAUUCUGUAAUUUUUGGUAAGGCAAGUAAACUAUCAGAGAAAAAUCCCACUAAGCAACACACAUGGGUGCCAGCUAUGGUGUAUGUGGCAAAUUCAAAUAAUACGGAUUGUUUAGUUUCUCAGACGUACUCAGGUAUUGUAUGCUUUAUUGAUCAUGAGCAAUCACGGUUGGAAAUUGUCUUAUCCUCCUGGUUGAUGAACAGUAUAAAUACAAGAAAAGAGAAUAUAUCUAGUUGUUUAAAAGAAAAACAACAAAUAUCAUCUGUUGUACUAGCAUGUCGAAAUCGUGACAUAGUUGUUCUUGGUUUACGUGGUCAUGCAGCUGGGCUGUUAGGUGUUGUACCAGCAAGACGUACAUUCAAUGAUGUAGUGGGUGGGAAUGCUUGGGUUGUUGGUCAACGAAAUAAAAUAACUUUUAGACAAUCAUUCCAACAAGAAAACAGUUCAACGAAGUUACAAUUGUGUACUUUAACAAUUUAUGAUCCAAUUGAAGAUAAUCAGAUGAAGACUACUUCAGAGAUACAAAAUAACUCAAACAGUAUAACUAAUGAAGAAAACAUUAGUGGCAUAUUAAAUAAAUCAAGUCUCAUUAAUUUUCAAGCAGGUCAACAAAUUUCUGAUCUCUACUUUGUUAGUAUUUCUUCUCAAACAGCAUUUUUCGCUGUUGGCUCAAUUAAAGGUCCACAUGUAUAUUGUCAUUUGAUCAAUUGGGAUAAUACUGUUAAAUCUAUCAGGGCAUUUUCAAGUCAUCCACCUGAGGCUGGUACAAAAAUUGAAAGGAUUGCAACCGUUUUAUUCUCUUACCUUGAUGAUAAACUAAUUCUUAAACGUAAAAAUACAGGAUUUCGUUCGAAAAUCUCAGAAAUCACUUUCCUUGAUAAACCCAAAGUAUCCGUUGGACAGGUAGUCUGCGCACAGGUAUCCCGUUUAAAAUCCGACUAUUGGACUGUAUUUCUACCUGGUCGUGCUAGUGGACGUUUGCAUGUUACUGAUAUGAAUUAUUCAGAUUUAGAUGUUAAGCCAUUGGAUUUAACUGAAACGUCUAAUGAUUCUGCGUUAUCGUCUUCAUCAUCAAGAAUUUUUAAUAUUCAUGAAAACUCGAACCAAAUAAAAGCACAUUAUUUCAUUACUUGUCGAAUUGUGGAUCAAUGCCAAAAUGUCAAUACGAAUUCUGAUGAUAUCUUUGAUACCAACGAUACCAAUGAAGUUAUAUAUUUCGUCUCUAAUAAAGUUAAACUCUUACGAGAUCCUGUUGAAUCAAACGCUGAACAGCAGUCAGUUAAUAAACUACCUGAUUUUGAUGUACCAGUUGAUGGAUUUGUUAAGACUGUUCGUCCACAUGGACUUGUAUUGUGUUUAUCUCGAACUACGGAUAUUCUAAUUCCAUUUCCCCCCAAUUUGAAAAAUCAACUGAGUAUUUGUGGAAUCCGGUUUAAAGCUGGUGAUCAUCUUCUUGUUUGCCCUAAAAGGCUCAUCAAUGAUAAUCUUGUCGGUGAAUUAGUUUGUGAUAAUUCUAAUAAUUGUGAACAUCUUACGGAGGAUUGUAUGAAUGAGCUUGUUAAAAAAUUACUCAGUGAAUUAUCCACUCAAAAAAAUACUAGUGAAUCACAAAAGCGAGAAUUAAUUUUUUAUGAUGAUUUGAACGAAACAUCUAACAGUUUAGAGUUAAUGAACUGUGAACCUACUUCAAACGCACUUCUGAUUGGUAAAGAGAGUAUACUAAAACAAAGCAAGAAGAAGAAAACCACGACCAAAACAAUAAAAGAACAUACUCAACAACAUGAUGGCAGUCAGUCACGUAAAAGAAGACUAACUGACUUAGAUGAAUCAAUGCAGUCGUCAUUAAAUGAUGAAGAGAUAUUAAACACUAAGUCAACUUUCAUAUCAAAGAAUUCUAAGAAAAAACAACCUCGUCUAGAAGAUGAAACUAAUCUACUUAACAAUAAAUAUAUGAAUGAUGUAAAAACGAAGGUCAAAAGUAAAAAAUCAUCAGAUAAAUCUGUAAAUAAUGUACAGUCAUUUGUAUCUUUGAAUAGUGACAACAUUUUCUCUAAAGAUUUACUUAAACGCUAUGAAAAAUUUAUGUAUCCUAAGAAUGAAAAUGGAUUUGAUGAUGAAAUGCAAACACAUGAAACACUGGAAUCAACAGAUUCAAACAAUGAUGAUCAUUUGAAUAUUAAGAAAAAUGAUAAAAAUGAAAGUCAAGCUGCCAAGGAAUGGCGUUUACGAGAUAUGGAGAUGCGUAAAGCUAUGCUAGCAGAAUUGACCACUGAACAACAAUGUCUUCCUAAGGGACAAUUACAUCCACAAACUACAGAAGAAUUUGAAUUAGCCGUUCGUAAUAUGCCAUCAAAUGAAUUUUGUUGGAUUGCUUAUAUGACACACAUAUUGUCAAGCAAAGUAGAUCAUCAGUCUAUUAACAGUAAUCUUAACAAAGGAGUUAUUGAUGCUAGAGCAAUAGUUGAACGUGGGCUACGUGCUAUAUCAAAUUCUACCAGUAAUAAUCAACUAACCAAACAAUCUCGUUUACUCACAUCGUAUUUAAUUAUGGAAGCGAAAGAAUUGGAACGUCUCACCUGUCUUCAGAAACAACAACAAUAUCAUAUGUCAUCGUCAACAUCUAUGUCAGAUCUAGUAGUAGAAAUCAAUCAUCAGUCAAAACGUGUUUCUCAAUUACUAACCCAAUUGUUAAAUUUAAAUCAAGCUCCGUUUAUUAGAAAAGCUAUCCAUACUCUUUCAGAUAUUGGUCAUCAUACCCGCGCUGAGGAAUUAGCUCGCCGCCAAAUCAAAUCUUGUCCAAACGAUGUUGACCAUUGGCUUUCACUUAUAAGAGUUCGAUUUCGAGCUGGUAAUGUUGAAGCUGCUCGAGAAGCUCAACGAAAUUCGGCCUCGCUGUUAAAAUCGUCUCUUCUUCCACAACUGGCUAUUGGGUGAGGUGUUACAACUUUAUUAUUCUUUUUAAUUUAUUUUCCAUUAUGUUUAUGCAUUUUUUUGUUACUACCUAUUUACUCAAAGUACUAAAAUAAUAUUUAUUACUCACUUUGGAAAAUAGCGGUGUAAAACUCGACAUAAGAACAAAUUAGAUAUAUGUUAAUUUCAUCCUUACCUCUCUUGCGGUAUUGGGAAUGUCUAGGAAGUACUUUCUCUCCACUUCAUUCAAUAAGUUAUCUAUUGAAAUCUGUAUAAUGCGCUAAUUGUUUAUAUUUACAAUUGACUGAUCACUAGGCGGUGACUAAUGUCGUGUAUGCCAAGUCCUUUAGUGUUGAUUGAAUUCUAUCAAUCAAACUGCAAUAUCUCAACUAGUCAAAGUGGCUCAACAUUGCGUUAUCUAUAUUGAGAUUUAAGGUGAUAGGGGGUGAUCGGCAGGAAACCCUGGACCUAGGUUUCUCUCUGUUUGGGACCACCGCAUGAUCAAUCAGUUGUAAAUACAUCUUAGUCCUGUAUGUCAGUCACAGCUUGGAUGUUUUUUACGCUUAUCUGUGUGACACGGUAUCGAAUCCUCCAGGUGUUAUCAGUCCCUUCAAGAGAACAAGCAAACCUUGCUGACGAGUGAUAAAUACCACGAAACCUAGGUAUAUGGUUUGUCGACUACCUCCAACCACUAUCUUACUAGUUGUUUAUAUAGUAUGACCUGCAAUAUAGAUGAAGUUUUAUACUCCAGAUAACGUUCUAAUUUUGUUAACAUACUUCAAAAAGGAAUGGAACAAAUCGGAGUCAAAACUCAUCAUUCGUUCGACUAUUGGCACUUGUUGAUAUUUGUAAAAAUAUGUCUAUAACAUGUAAAUAUUGGUCUGUACAAGUGAUUCGAAGAAUUUUUGAUUUUCUUAUUUAAAUAUGCUCCCAAUCAAUCGAAAUGGUUUUUAGAUUUUUAAAUCAGUUCAAUGUGAUUUACAUAAUAUACAGACCAGCAAGGUCGCCAUCCAACCAUAUUUUUUCAGUACUUCAUAGUAUGUUUGUAGUUUUCUCCAUCCUUUUAGCAUAUUCUCACUAAUUUACGAGUGUGAGGUGGAUGUAAACUACCUGGUUGGUAUUCGUACGUCAACUCCAAAUAACAUAACGUAGUUCAGAAUCGUUCUCACCUGCGCAGAUACGUUCAAUUUUUAUCUCGCUCACAGUUUUAAGUUUAAACAUAACUUACAUUCCUUUCCACUCUAUCUUUGAACAGUAUUCUCAAUAUUUAGUUGUUCUUUCUAUCGUUGCUACUUCAUUAUUUGUUAUCCCUUUUUCAAUUUACAUUUAUACUUUGAAUUCAUCUCGUUGUAUCCAUGUGGUAUGGCAAUUUAAGCCGUCGCACAUGUUUUCAAGGCUCCAUGUUGAUGAUAACUAAAUGAAAUUAUAAGUUUAAUAAAAAAAGGUUGGAUUUUGUAAAACUAAAUUUGUUUGCUUUAUUCUCCAUUGGUUCUGCUUAAUAUUAUUUUUGUGCUUUGUUAUACAUUUACAUUAUCCUCGAUAUUUGUUUUUUUCUGUUCAGUGUUGCGAGAAUUGAGUUUGAAUAUGGCGACGUUGAUCGUGGAAUACGCUUACUACAAGAACAAUUAACUGUUCAUCCUAAACGUAAACUUCUAUAUGAAGAAUGUAUCAAAUUAUUAAUAAUGAAUGGCAAAAUUAAAGAAGCCAGAACUGUUCAACAGCAAGCUGAGAAAAAUUUAAAACCUGUCCAAUGUACCACUUUAAAUUCGUUGUUUGAAGGUCAAGUGACAUGUUGAACAAAUUUAUCCUAUAUAUCAGAUUUUCUCAAAUAAAUUGUUCUCUCAUUUUGUAAUACUACUAACAUUGUGAAUAAAAUCUUUGUA